GCAAUCCAAAAAAAGUCUGGCAACCACGACCAUCAGUAACAUACAUACAAUUCGUGUGUGCGUCUGGAUUUUGCUGUAUUUUUUAUUUAAGAAUGAAUUAUUAACUAGCCAUUAAUAAAUUAUUAUUAAAUAAAAAACAGUUAAAAACCGCGAGUCAAGCAUACACACGGAGUCCUCCCAAAACCCGUGCGAAACAAGAACACCAUGGACCAGGAAAACUUCCACGGGCACAGCUUGCCGCAGCAGCUACAGAACCUUCACAUCCAGCAGCAGCAGGCGCCUCCGAAUCCUGUCCAGACUGGAUUUGCUCCACGGCGGCACUAUGAGAACCUUGGCGGCCUGGGCAAUGGCAAUACCGUCAUUGGAAGUCCGGUGAAGGGUGCUCCUUUGGGGCAGCGACAUGUUAAGAUCAAGAAGGAGAAGGUAUCCGCCCAGGCUGCGCAGCUGCCACAGCCGGGUCAGAUGCAACUGUUGGAUGUCGGUGAUCCCUCCUUAGCGGGCGGAUCGGGUUUACAAGGUGGAGCCGGCCUUAUGGGCGGAAUAAUGCCCAGCGACGAGGCCUUGAAGUUCGUUAGCGAGACGGACGCCAAUGGACUGGCCAUGAAGACGCCCGUCAGCAUCCUGCAGGAGUUGCUCAGCCGGCGCGGAAUUACGCCGGGCUAUGAGCUUGUCCAGAUCGAGGGUGCCAUACAUGAGCCCACCUUCCGGUUUCGCGUGUCUUUUAAGGACAAGGAUACGCCCUUCACGGCCAUGGGUGCAGGACGCUCGAAAAAGGAGGCCAAGCAUGCGGCGGCCCGUGCGCUCAUCGACAAGCUGAUCGGCGCGCAGCUGCCGGAAUCGCCUAGCAGCUCCGCUGGUCCGUCGGUGACUGGGCUCACGGUCGCCGGAAGCGGCGGAGACGGCAACGCCAAUGCCACGGGUGGAGGAGAUGCCGGCGACAAGAUAGUCGGUAAUCCUAUUGGCUGGCUGCAGGAAAUGUGCAUGCAACGGCGAUGGCCACCACCGUCGUAUGAAACGGAAACGGAAGUGGGUCUGCCCCACGAGCGGCUCUUUACGAUCGCCUGCUCGAUACUUAACUACCGCGAGAUGGGAAAGGGCAAGAGCAAGAAAAUAGCCAAGCGCUUGGCCGCUCACCGCAUGUGGAUGCGGCUGCAGGAGACGCCCAUCGAUUCGGGCAAGAUCAGCGACAGCAUCUGCGGCGAGUUGGAGGGCGAACCCCGCAGUAGCGAAAAUUAUUAUGGUGAAUUGAAAGAUAUCUCUGUGCCGACACUGACCACGCAGCACAGUAACAAAGUAUCCCAGUUCCAUAAGACCCUCAAAAAUGCUACGGGCAAAAAACUGCUUAAGCUACAGAAGACUUGCCUAAAGAGCAACAAGAUCGAUUACAUCAAGCUGCUGGGCGAAAUCGCAACCGAGAACCAGUUCGAGGUGACCUACGUGGACAUAGAAGAGAAGACCUUCUCUGGCCAAUUCCAGUGUCUGGUUCAGCUCUCCACGCUGCCCGUUGGCGUUUGCCACGGAAGCGGACCGACAGCCGCCGAUGCCCAGCGGCAUGCCGCCCAGAAUGCCCUCGAGUACUUGAAGAUCAUGACCAAGAAGUAGGUCCAUCCAACUGCAUAGCAAGAUCUGAACGCACACCACGACCACGAGUAUUUGAUGCGAGCGAUUACGGAUACGAAUGCACCAGUCUAAUAGCUUUCUUUACUGGGAACGCGAGCAAGCUCCAGUUUUUGGCUCAAUGCAGUGGCGAUAUUAUUUAUAUUUUGUUUGUUUUUUUUUCACCGAUUCCUUUGAUUAGGCAGUUGAAUUUGUUCACUAUAUAUGUAAAUGUUCAUAUAUGUACUACACUUAACAACGUAUGUAUGUACGCUUGCAUAUACAGACAAGUGUGUAAUCUAUAUUGGAAUCUAUUAGUCGCUUUAAAAUUCUGUAUAACCCAGUCACAUAAAAACCGAAUAAAUCCAAUGAAACUAG